CAGUGCCACCAUGCUCGCCUUGGAGGCUGCACAGCUUGAUGGGCCACACUUCAGCUGUCUGUACUCGGAUGGUGUCUUCUAUGACCUGGACAGCUGCAAACACCCCAGCUACCCUGAUGCAGAGGGAGCUCCUGACUCGCCAUGGGGCUGGACCGAGGCCCCGCCUGCCCCACCUGCCCUCUACGAGGCCUUCGACCCCACAUCGGCCACUUUCGGCCACUCCCAGGGUGUCCCUCUCUGCUAUGGACCCUCGACCUACAGCCCUGCAGGGGGCCUUGACCCAGUGCCCAGCCUGGAGGCCCUGGGGCCCAGCCUCUCAAUGUACCCCACGGAGGACUUUACUAGCCAGACCCUGAGCCCGCCAGCAGCAUACGCCCCAUACCCCAGCCCUGCAUUAUCCGAGGAGGAAGACUUUGUGCUAAACAGUCCUGCCCUGGAAGUGUCGGAUAGCGAGUCCGAUGAGGCCCUCCUGACUGGUGCCACUGAGGGGAGAGGAUCUGAUGCAGAGGACAAAAAGGCCCCCAAAGGCAAAGAUGCCCCUAAACAAGCCCCCAAAGAAACUCUCCCUAAGGGUGCUCCUGCAGAGCCCCCCAAAGAAGCCCCAGCUGAGGAUCAGUCCCCCCUCAGCGAGGAGCCCACUGGGGUGUUCCUGAAGAAGCCGAACUCGGUGUCAGUGGAGGCUGGAAAGGACACGCUGAUCGUGGCCAAGCUGAAUGGGAAGGAGCUCUCCGGCACGCCAAUCAUCAAGUGGUUCAAGGGGAAGUGGCUGGAGCUGGGCAUCAAGAGUGGCACCCGGUUCUCCUUCAAAGAGCAUCACGACUCUGCCAGUAAUGUGUACACCGUGGAGCUGCACAUUGGAAAGGUGGUACUGGGGGACCGUGGGGAUUACCGGCUCGAGGUCAAAUCCAAGGACACCUGCGACAGCUGUGGCUUCAGCAUCGAUGUGGAGGCACCUCGUCAGGAUGCCUCUGGGCAGAGUCUAGAAAGCUUCAAGCGUACGGGUGAUGCGAAGUCAGACGCAGGUGAGCUGGAUUUCAGCAGCCUGUUGAAGAAGAGGGAGGUGGCUGAAGAGCAAGAGAAGAAGAAGAAGAAGAGUGAUGAUGAUGACCUAGGAAUCCCACCUGAGGUUUGGGAGCUCCUGAAAGGGGCAAAGAAGAGUGAGUAUGAGAGGAUCGCCUUCCAGUAUGGCAUCACUGACCUCCGAGGCAUGCUAAAGCGGCUCAAGAAGGUCAAGGUCGAAGUCAAGAAGAGUUCAGCCUUCACAAAGAAACUGGAUCCAGCCUACCAUGUGGACCAGGGCAACAAGAUCAAGUUGGUGUUGGAGAUCAGUGACCCAGACCUUCCCCUCAAGUGGUUCAAGAAUGGCCAGGAGAUCAAACCAAGUGGCAAGUACAUGUUUGAGAAUGUUGGUAAGAAGCGAAUUCUCACCAUCAACAAGUGCACAUUGGCAGACGAUGCUGCUUAUGAGGCAGUCAUCAAUGAUGAGAAGUGUUUCACUGAGCUCUUCGUCAGAGUACCUCCAGUCCUGAUCAUCAAACCCCUUGAGGACCAGCAGGUGUUUGUGGGUGACCGUGUGGAAAUGAUGGUGGAGGUGUCACAAGAAGGUGCUGAGGUCACAUGGAUGAAAGAUGGUGUGGAAAUGACUCGGGGGGAUUCCCACCAGGCCCCAUAUCGCUUCAAGAAGGACGGGAAGCGCCAUAUUCUUAUCUACUCAGACGUGACCCAGGAUGACGAGGGUCGUUAUCAGGUCAAAACCAACGGUGGCCAGUGUGAGGCUGAGCUCAUUGUGGCAGCGAAGCAGUUGGAAGUCCUGCAGGAUGUCGCAGAUCUGACAGUGAAGGCUGCAGAACGGGCUGAGUUCACCUGCGAGGUAUCUGAUGAGAAGGUGACGGGAAAGUGGUACAGGAAUAGGGUUGAGGUGCGGCCCAGCAAGAGGAUCACCAUCUCCCACACAGGGAGAGUCCACAAAUUGGUGAUUGAUGACGUCCAUCCCGAGGAUGAGGGAGACUACACGUUUGUGCCUGAUGGCUAUGCCCUGUCCCUCUCGGCCAAGCUCCACUUCCUGGAAAUUAAGGUGGAGUAUGUACCCAAGCAAGAGCCACCAACAAUCCACCUGGACUGCACAGGCAAGGCCGCAGAUAAUUCAAUUGUGGUUGUGGCUGGAAACAAGCUGAGGCUGAAUGUGGCUAUCGCAGGGGAGCCCCGUCCCAUCACCACUUGGCUAAAGGAAGAUGAGGUAUUCUCGGCCACAGAGGGCAGGACCCGCAUUGAGCAGUGGGUCGACUGCAGCAGCUUCGUGUUCGAGAGUACUGAGCGAUCAGAUGAAGGUCGCUACACUGUCAAGGUCACCAGCCCCACUGGCGAAUGCUCGACCUCCAUCUUCGUGAGAAUUGUGGAUGUCCCAGACCCCCCAGAGGCUGUGCGUGUCACCUCAGUUGGAGAGGAUUGGGCCAUCCUUGUCUGGGACCCACCCAAGUAUGACGGAGGUCAGCCAGUCACCGGGUACCUCCUGGAGCGGAAAAAGAAGGGCUCUCAGCGCUGGAUGAAGCUGAACUUUGAGGUCUUUACGGACACAACCUACGAGUCCACCAAUAUGAUCGAGGGCAUUUUCUAUGAGAUGCGAGUCUUUGCUGUCAACGCCAUUGGAGCCUCCCAGCCCAGCAUGAACACCAAACCUUUUAUGCCCGUUGCACCCACGAGUGAACCCCAGCACCUGAUGGUGGAGGAUGUGACAGACACUACUGCUACACUCAAGUGGAGGCCUCCAGAAAGGAUUGGGGGAGGUGGCAUCGAUGGGUACCUGGUGGAGUACUGCCUGGAGGGAUCUAAUGAAUGGAUCCCUGCUAACACGGAGCCCACAGAGCGAUGUGGCUUCACUGUCAAGAAUCUCCCAACAGGAGCAAAAAUUACCUUCCGGGUUGUUGCGGUCAACAUUGCAGGACGAAGCCAGCCGGCUACCCUGACCCAGCCAGUCACCAUCCGGGAGAUUGUAGAGCAACCCAAGAUCCGUCUCCCCCGCCAUCUUCGCCAGACUUAUAUCCGUAAAGUGGGGGAGCAGCUCAACCUCGUCAUCCCCUUCCAGGGAAAGCCACGGCCCCAGGUGGUGUGGACAAAGGGUGGGGCGCCGCUGGACUCGUCCCGGGUGCACGUGCGGACUAGCGACAUGGACACAGUGCUAUUCGUGCGCCAGGUGGCCCGCUCUGACUCCGGGGAGUAUGAGCUGAGUGUGAAGAUUGAGAACAUGACAGACACAGCCACCAUCAGCAUCCGGGUCGUGGAAAAGGCAGGGCCAGCAGAGAACGUGAUGGUGAAGGAGGUGUGGGGCACCAACGCCCUGGUGCAGUGGCAGCCCCCCAGAGAUGAUGGGAACAGCGAGGUCACAGGCUAUCUCAUCCAGAAAGCUGACAAGAAAACCAUGGAGUGGUUCACCGUUUACGAGCACAAUCGCCAUACCUCCUGCACUGUGUCUGACCUCAUCGUGGGCAACGAAUACUAUUUCCGUGUAUACAGUGAGAACAUCUGUGGACUCAGUGACUUACCUGGUGUCUCCAAGAACACGGCCCGUAUCCUCAAGAAAGGACUCACCCUCAAACCGUUUGAGUACCAGGAGCAUGACUUCCGAACAGCUCCCAAGUUCCUGACACCUCUAAUAGACCGGGUUGUCAUUGCUGGGUAUUCUGCUGCUCUCAACUGCGCUGUCAGAGGCCACCCUAAGCCGAAGGUGGUCUGGAUGAAGAACAAGAUGGAGAUUGGUGAAGACCCCAAGUUCCUGAUGACCAAUCACCAGGGAGUCCUGACACUGAACAUCCGCCGCCCUUCCCCCUUUGACGCUGGGACUUACUCCUGUCGGGCCGUCAAUGAGCUGGGGGAGGCGCUGGCUGAGUGCCGGCUGGACGUCCGAGUGCCACAGUGAAGCCUUCUCUUCUAUGCAUCAAGAUGACUGCCUGCUGAAUCGUCAUCCCAAUCCCUGACCUCCCGGGUCUGUGUUUCCCUUUCUGGAGUUAGCAUUAAGAACAUGAGUUGAUGAGUCUUGUCUCGGACUCUCACGUGUGUGUUCUUCAAUUUGCAGUUGAGGGUGGUCAUGUCUGGGUUGGUGAUGAGGGCCGUCAUGUUGGAAUGGCAACCACAAUAAGGCAGCCAUGAUGAAACUGAUCAAAUUGAUCCACCCAUCUCGGAACAGCUACUUUAGUGAGGCAACCAUGUGGUACUGGCAACUACAAGUCAAAGAUGACCCAAGGCCAUGCUGAGGCAGCUAGACUGGAAAGGUAUUCUAGUGAAGAAGCUAUGCUGCAAUGGUGGGCACUACCUCAUAGGGACGGCCCCAAGGAAUUAAGACACGGUGAAGUGAAGACCAGGUUGAGACAGCCACACUGGAAAAGCUACUUCAGUGAGGUAGCCAUGUUGAACUGACGACGACAAUGAUGAAACUGCUCACUGACCUGGAUGUUGGUU